CCUGAGGUGGUUGCGGCCAGGCGGGCUGCCUGACUGAAAAGCGUCAGCUGAGGCGCCGGGGCUCCGACCGGACGGGGAAGACGCUCGCGAGGGGCGAACGGACGCGUGUUUACAGCUCUCAGAACGGGGCGCAGGCCAAGGGGGAGUGAUGUGCGAACCCCGGGAUACGAAUGAUGGCAAGUCCAGAUAGAAGUAAACGGAAGAUACUAAAAGCUAAAAAAACAAUGCCUACAAGUUGCCGGAAGCAAGUAGAGAUCCUGAAUAAGUCAAAGAAUGUUGAAGCACUGAAAACAACAGCAACUAGGAAUAAUGUUCUAAGUAGUAACCAGAAUUUUGGUACUAGUGUCAUAUCUAGCAAGUGUAGAAAUUCUGAAAAUGUUUCAUCCUCAUCAGACACUUGCAAAAAUUCAGUAUUCUCACAGAAAAGUAAAGUAUUCUCUCAGAGUUUAAUACAGCCAAUGGAAGAAACUGUUGAUUCAGAAAUAAGAUUUGAAUACAUCAAUGAACAAGUUGUGUGUCCUUGCCAAAAGCCAAGUAAAACAGAUUCUCCAAAGAAAGUAUUUAUACAAGGGACGAAGGAUUCUCGGAUUACUUCACGGAACACUUCUGAAAACCAUUCUAAAUAUCAGGCAAAUAUAACAAGAUCGUUUUUUGAUCACGAAGGGAAUUAUGACUUAAAAUCCAUUUGUUGCCCACAUCUUGUAUUGAGUGAUGUCGUUCAAAUGCCAAAGUCUACAGUAACCAAUACUUUAGAUGAUAAGAGAAUUGACAAGGUGAUUUCCCAUUUAGAAACAAAUUCUAAUACAGAGUCACAUGAUAAAAGGCAAAGUGAUCUCAUUUUAAGUUCAGACUCACAUUUUGUGCCUGUUGAAGAAACACCUAAGUUGGUCAAUUCAGUCAGUUCCAGCAACUGUACUACUGAUUUGAAAAUUGAAGACUCUAAUAGAAUCUGUCAUUCCAGUAUUUUAAAUUGUAAAAGUAGAGAUUCAACAUGGCAGUCAUCACUUGAUGCUGAUAGUAGUAACAGCCAUAAUCAAAAGAAGAGGAUGUUUUCAGAAAACAAAGAAAAUGUUAAGCGUGUAAAAACUUCAGAGCAAAUUAAUGAAAAUAUUUGUGUAGCUUUGGAAAAGCAAACAGCAUUACUGGAACAGGUCAAACGUUUGAUUCGACAGGAGGUCGAUAGUGUAAAUUACAAACUAUUUGAUAACAAACUGAAAGAAUUGAAUGAACGCAUUGGGAAGACACAGUGCAGGAAUAAACAUGAAGCAAUAGCUGAUGAACUCUUUACAAAAAUAGGAAAACUUCAAAGACGUAUUGAAACAGUAUUACUAUCUCAAAGGAAAUCUUUGGAAACAAAAAUCUUAUCCAGAGAUACAGCCUGUAAGGUUAAAAAUUUAGAGACCACGAAUUUGGAUAAAAAUCGAAAGUCAGUUUAUAGUCCAGAUGAAAGAGUGACUUCUAUGAACUGUGAACCUUCUGACCCUUCUUUAAAAACACAUGAAAAGAAUAACUUGCCACUAGGUUGUGAUGAGUCUAUUUCUAAAAGUAACGAUGAUGUUUUGUUGGUUUCUGUGGAAAGUCCUAAUUUGACAACUCCAAUUACACCAACUCCAACAGAAAUUAGAAAAAUUACAUCAGGAAAUUCCAGCAAUUCACCUUAUGCUGAAGCUGAAGUUAUGAUUGUAGAAAAGAAUAAACUUGAUUCUGUGAUCGAUUUGACAAAAGAAGAUCUAUCUAGCUACAACACAGAAAGUCCACUCAUCCUUCAGUCACCUUUGAAAACUGUUAUAAACUCAAAAGAAACAACGCCAGUGGCACCAAAUGCACCUGAGGUUCUUGAGUCUUUUGAUCACCUGCCACCUCUCCCAGAACCACCACCAGCACUAUCUGAACUGGUAGACAAAGUCCGAGACACACUUCCUCCCCAGAAGCCUGAGCUUAAAGUGAAACGAGUGUUGAGACCCAAAGGAAUUGCCCUGACUUGGAACAUCACCAAAAUCAACCCCAAGUGUGCUCCUGUGGAAAGCUACCACCUCUUCCUGUGCCAUGAAAACUCUAGUAAUACGUUGAUAUGGAAGAAAAUUGGAGAAAUUAAAGCUUUACCACUCCCAAUGGCCUGUACUGUAUCUCAGUUUUUAACCUCCAACAAAUAUUAUUUUACUGUACAAUCAAAAGACAUUUUUGGGCGAUAUGGACCAUUUUGUGAUAUAAAAUCUAUCCCUGGGUUUUCUGAAAAUGUUACUUAAAGUCUUCAGUGGUUAUGUAUUAUAUACAUGUUGCUUUGGUUUUUCUCUUUUGAGUUCUUUGUUUACAAUGUUACUGUAACACUAUUUGCCAUUUAAAGGGCCAGUUCAGAUUGUGAAUCCUUAGUAUAGGGACAGUCCUCUCCCAGAUAUUUAUGUAAGUGGCCUAUGGUUUCAUAAACUUGAUUUGUAUUUAAUGAGUACUUCCAAUGGAUAUAUUCUAAAACAUGCUGUCAUGGACCCAUGUUGGAAGUGUGUGACAAACAGUGCUUAUGGUGACUGAAGCUGCUGCUUAGAUCAGAAGUGCGUGGGUACAAGCAGCCACUGUUUCCUCCGCUGCCAAUCAGCUUGGUGACCUGCUUGUGGUCAGUGUAGCUAUUUAGCCAACUCUUAGGAAAAAUCGGCUCUACUGGGGUGUAUCUCCACCAAGACGCUAUGAAAAGAAAUAAUUUCCCAUUGAGUUCCAGUUCUAAGAGUGCUAUUAAUUUGUACUAUCCUCUCUUUGGGGGGGGGAAAUGGGCUACAACAGUCAUUUUGGGAAAUAGUCCAGAGGUUUUCCCUAAUUCUGUUUAUAUACUUAAAGAUAAUAAAACUUGUGAAAUGUUAUGUGCUGUGUACACAAAAUAGUAUGGAAUAUAUUUUUUGUUUUUGUUUUUGUUUUUGGAGAGGUUUCUGCCAUAGGGCAUGUGCGCU